AGCUCUUCCUGUCUCAGACUGUGAAGCUAGGCAGGUGGUGCGGCGAGGUGGUAAAAAGGCUGCCGAGCCCAAUAAUUAAAAAAAAAAUAUUUGGCAUUUUUAUCGGAAUAUUAUUCCGUCCGCUUUUGGUACCCUAAAACCUGGUGUUGGACCAGCGAUGGCGGAAGCAAUCCAGAAGAGACUUCAAACUGAGCUCGAAAAAUAUCAACAGACCCAGAAAGAUCUGAGUAAAAGCAUGUCGGCGAGACAGAAGCUGGAAGCCCAGCUGACGGAGAACAACAUCGUGAAGGAGGAGCUGGACUUGCUGGAGGCUCAGAACACUGUCUACAAGCUGAUUGGCCCAGUUCUAGUCAAACAGGACCUGGAUGAAGCGAAGGCUACAGUGGGGAAGCGGCUGGAGUAUAUCACUGGAGAAAUUCAGCGCUAUGAAACCCUCCUGAAGGAGCUGGAGCGCAAGUCGGAGCAGCACAGAGAGCUCCUGUCCAGCCUGCAGCAGGAGUACCAGCGUGCCCAGGGCCGAGCGGCAGUCAAAGUGUGAGACUUUCAAAGAGCACUGUGGCCCGGCCAUCUGACCGACACUCACAGACUCCCUGCUCACCACAUCGAUGAGCAGAAACAAGCUUGUGCUUCAGCAGAAAGAAGAAUUUAAUUUGACUGUUUUUUUUAUUAUUUCUGAAAUAUUAAUAAACUUAUUUGCAGAAUAAUGUUUUCUGUUCUUCUGUG